AUGAGAUCUCUACUCUCUUCCAACAGUGAAGAGCUCUUCUCGCAAAAGCCGAACACCCUACAACAAGCACACGUAGUGAUUAAAUCUGUUAAUGGGCAAGUGAUCGAUCAAAUUGGUCGCUACGUCGUCAAUGCAUCGCCACCGAUUCAACUGAGAUUCAACGAAACGAGUUGGGAUCAAGCUGUUGAAAAUUCCAAUUUUCGCUUCCCAUUCGCUUUCAAGUUUAACUCGUUUCCUGCGGCUGCAGUCCCUGGCCCGAUCCCAGCCACAUUUGCCCGCCCACCACCACCCGUGAUCUCUUUUCUGCCGGCACCAUCAGCGAGACUCAACUCUUUCAACUCAUCUCCGAUCAAAGUCGCUCCUUCACCCACAUUCCCUUCACUUUCCCUCCCCGGCCCACUUCCACCCCGUUCUGCACCACUUUCAAGUUUCCCCAUUCCAUCAUCCGUUCUCACACCGCCACUUAUCAACCCCGGUCCAUUGCCUGUUGUUGUCCCGUUUCUAUCGAAGCCCCUUCCCCUCCAACCACAAGCCGUUUCCGUGCCUAUCACUGGCCAUCCGCCAGCCAGAGUGAUCCCCGCUUUACCACCUGUCAUUGCUACCGGAAGUGUGCCUAUCAUUUCACCAAAUGUUCCUUCUAUUCCCCUUCUGCCACCACCCCGCCGCCCAAUGAUGCCCCUUGUACCUCAUAGACCUAUUGCACCAGCAUCGAUCCCUUUUCCAGCACCUUUCCCUGCUCCUGCACCACUUCCACCCACUCCUCUUGCACCAGCACCCAUGCGACCUUUACUACCCAGCCUUCCAAACCCGAUUCCCAUUGUAACAAGACCAGCCAUGGUCUUCGCCAAACCACCACCCUAUUUGGCACCCGUACUUCCGCCAGCUAUGGUCCCUGUGGCCGCAUCAGGUCCAGGUACCUUUACCCCCAUGCUGCCAAAAAGCUUCUCCAUCCCAAAUCUUCCAAAUCCAUCUGUCAAUCGCUUCUCCAAACUCUCCACCAAUUCUUCACCGAAAAUCUCUUUACCCGAGUUUUCUUUCGCUUUACCCAAACCAGCACAAUCCUUUAGCAUUUACAAAGCUCCCUAUUACACUCAGAAUAUUGACUUUGAGAAAAUCUCCGAGAUUUUCCCCGCAAUCUUGCCCCAAGUCAUUCAAUACGAGCCCUCGUUGAAAUUGUUGUUGAAAGAUUUGAGAGAAACGAAAGAUGUGAAAGAUGAGUAU